GAUUUAUAGAGGGGUGCGUCCAGUGAGAACCGCUUCUUUUCUUCGGCGGUGUGAACGAUUAUCGGGAGAGCCACACAACCAACCACAGAUCAACCCAACCUCUCUCUCUCUCUCUCAAUCUCUCUCUCUGCAACUUCGCGGUCGAAACUACUAGAUUCACCAGCUACGCCAAGGUGAGGGGUCUUACCCUUGAUAUCUGGAUAGCUAUUCUAUAAUCUUUUCAGUCCUGCUGGUGUAUGGUGUGCAUCAACGCAACAACAUCAGAUGAAACUGCAUGAGUGACAAUUCUUUUGUGUUGUCAAGUUUGCGGUGGAUGCAAAGUUGGAUUUUUGUUGCAUGCUGAAGGUUCUGUAAUUUUUAUACGUAAGAUAGAAGACUGGAAAUGAGGUAUUUGAUCAGUUAAUAGCCACUUUACUUAUUUGAAUGUCAUUUAUACCUUUGUCCAUAGGGUUCAAACCCUCAAAGAAAGAAAUUCAAUUUGUUCACUGUGAAUCAAACAAGAGUUACUGAUAUUUAUCUGUGUAUAGCCUUACCAUCUGAAUAUGGCUGAUGCUGCACCGCUGGAUAUUCCUCUGGAAUGUGUGAGCAGUCAAACUGCAAAAUGCCAAGAAGAAAGUACGUCAGGACAGACACAUGACAUUGGUUCAGAAAGCGGAUUUAGUGAACCAACCAAGCAAAAGAUUGGUUGUGAUGUUCUUCAAAAUGAGCUACAGGAAAUCUGCAACGCAUCCAAUGAUGAUGAUCAAUCACAGUCAUUUGGAAAUUUGACUGAGAAGUCUCACCCUGAGCAAUUGGGACUGCCUCCUGAAGCUGUGAGCAACAUUAGUCAAGGUGCUGCUGUAAACAUUCUUACCAAAUCAGCACACGGACAUCCUUCCACCUGUGAAAACAUUCAAAAUGGACCAUUACAAAUCAGAACAGCAUUAUCUAGUUGUACUACCAGUGACCACUUGCAAUCAUUUUCUGGCAAUGUGACCAAGAAUUCUCUUGCUGAAAAAUUGGAACUGCCUUGUGAAGAGCCUCAUGAAGAUCUGGGUUGUCAGACUGGAAAAACUUCAUGCUCUGAACAGAUUUCACUGGAACAGAGAAAUGAUUUUGGUUUCGGAACAAGAGAAGAAAAGCAGCAUAUCGGCUCUGAUAUUGUUCAAAAUGAAAUCAUACAAACUAUUAUUCCAGUAUCCAGCUGUGGCAAUGAACAAUUGCAGUUCAUUAGUGAAACUGUGAACACGACUUUUCCUAAUGAACAAGUAGGAGUGCCUCCUGAAGAUGUGAGCAAGACAUUGGAACCGACAAAUAAUUUUGGUUUUGAAACUCAAUCUAGUGAACUAGCAGAAGACAAGCAGCAUUGUGGCUCUGAUGUUCCACAAAACGAAGGGUUACAAAGCUGUGAUGGUAAUGAACCAUUGCAGUCAUUUUGUGAAAAUAUGAACACAAGUUCUCUUAAUGAACAAGCGGUACUGCCUUGUGAAGGUGUGAAAAAGACUUUGGAACAGACAAAUAAUGUGAAUUCUGGAACUUCAUACAGUGAACCAGCAGAAGAGAACCAGAAUUUGGGCUCUGAUUUUGUACAAGAUGAACCAUUACAAACUAUUAUCCCAGUAGCCAGCUGUGGUGGCAACGAACAGUUGCAGGUGGUUAAUGAAGUUGCGAGUGUUACUUCUCUUAGUGAACAAGUGGGACUGCCUCUUGAAGCUGUGAGCAAGACUUGUCAGACUGAAAAACUUUCAUGCUAUCUCCAAACUGCAUCGGAUCAGAUCAAUGAAUCUGGUUCAGGAAGUGUACCAUGUGAACCACAGGAACAGAGAGAUCAGCUUGGCCUUUUACCUUCCCAAAAUGAUCAAGUUAAAACUUGCACUGCAGUAUCCAGCUCCAUUGUUUCUGAACAAUCGGGCCCUUCUGUUGAAGAGAUGAAGAAUUCUGUUAUUGGGCAUUUGGAACCACCCCUUGAAGAUGCAAGCAAGGACCAUACUGAUGAACUAAUCAAACCACACAUGAACAAUGUGCCCCAAAAUUCUAGUCUUGAUCCAUCAGAAACAGCGUCUGAGAAUGCAUCUAAAAUUUCUAGCCAGAUUGGUUGCAAGGACAAGCGAAAUUCAAGUUCAAGACAAAAGUCGAGAUCUUUGGUAAGCAGUGACAGAGUUCUGCGCUCAAGGACGGUGGAGAAACCUGAAGCUCCUGAAUUAAGUAAUAAUGUUGCAACACUUGAAUCAAGUAAUAGUGUUGCUAAUGUAAGCAAUGAGAAAGAGGGAAAAAGGCAGAAGAGAAAGAAGAAACACAGGGAAAGAGUUGCAGCUGAUGAAUUUUCAAGGAUCAGGUCACAUCUGAGAUAUUUUCUGAACCGGAUAAACUAUGAGAAAUCUCUUAUUGAUGCUUAUUCUGGUGAAGGUUGGAAAGGAAACAGCCUAGAAAAAAUAAGGCCAGAGAAGGAGCUUCAACGAGCUACUUCUGAAAUACUUCGACGCAAAUUGAAAAUAAGAGAUCUUUUUCAACGUCUUGAUUCACUAUGUGCCGAAGGAAUGUUUCCAGAAUCUUUAUUUGAUUCAGACGGACAGAUUGACAGUGAGGAUAUAUUCUGCGCAAAAUGUGGGUCCAAGGAUGUGUAUGCUGAUAAUGACAUCAUACUUUGUGAUGGGGCUUGUGACCGUGGAUUCCACCAGUAUUGUCUGGAACCGCCUCUAUUGAGUGAAGAAAUUCCGCCUGAUGAUGAGGGUUGGUUAUGCCCUGGAUGUGACUGCAAAGUUGAUUGCAUUGAUUUGCUUAAUGACUCUCAAGGAACAGAUCUCUCUAUUACUGACAGCUGGGAGAAGGUAUUUCCUGAAGCAGCUGUUGCAGCAUCAGCAGGACAGCAUCAGGAGAACAACCAGGGACUUCUAUCAGAUGAUUCUGAUGAUAAUGAUUAUGACCCUGAUGGUCCAGAGACGGAUGAGGAAGUCCAGGAAGCAGAAUCAAGUUCCGAUGAAUCUGAAUAUGCAUCAGCAUCUGAUGGACUUGAGACCCCAAAAACUAAUGAUGAGCAGUACUUAGGGCUUCCUUCUGAUGAUUCAGAGGAUGAUGAUUUCAAUCCUGAUGCUCCAGAUCCUACAGAGGAUGUUAAGCAGGACAGUUCAAGCUCUGAUUUUACAUCUGACUCUGAGGAUCUCGAAGCUGUACUAGAUGAGGAUAAUAAGUCUUUUGAAAAUGGUGAAGGGCCCCAGUCAUCUUUGUUGGAAGGAAGUAUGCUUCUUAGAGGCUCUGGUGAAAAAAGUUCUAAACGUGGGCAGAAGAGACAUUCCAUAAAAGAUGAGAUAUCAUCUUUAUUAGAGUCAGAUCCUGGCCAAGAUGGUUCAACACCUGUUUCUGGGAAAAGGCACGUAGAGAGGCUGGACUACAAAAAGCUGCAUGAUGAGGAAUAUGGAAAUAUUCCUACAAGUGACGAUGAAGAUUAUAAUGAAACUGCUGCACCAAGGAAAAGGAAGAAAGGCACUGGACAAGUCUCUCCAGCGUCACUAAAAGGAAAACCCUCAACCAUUAAGAAUGGAGUAACCUCCAAAGAUAUAAAAGAUGAUCCAGACAAGAAUGAGCAUACUCCUAGAAGAACACCUCGACGAAAGUCAAGUGCUAAAGAUAACAGCAGUUCACCAAAUGAAUCGCUUAAAAGCUCUCCUAAGUCUGGUUCUACCAGUGGGAGAGCUAGAGCAUCAAAAUAUAAAAGACUCGGGGAAGCUGUAACUCAGCAACUCUAUGCAUCCUUCAAGGAAAAUCAAUACCCAGACCGAAGUAUGAAGGAAAGACUGGCCCAAGAACUAGGAGUCAUGGCUAAGCAGGUAAGCAAAUGGUUUGAAAAUGCUCGCCAUUGUGUGAAAGCAGGUCUGGCCGUGCCUCAAGCUAUGAGAAAACAACCUAACCAAGCAGAGACUAAUAUCAGAGAUGCUGAUCACGAUGGAACUCAGAAGAAUGAAUCACCACGGACAGAUGAUGCUGUGGCAGGUUGCUGCAGUCAGGAUGUGAAGGAUAAUAAAUCGGCGACUCCAAAAAGCAGUAGAGCGAAGACUAGUACUCCGAAGGGUAGAAAGAGAAAAUCAAGGUUGGAUCCUGGGGGAUCAGAUCUUGAUGAAAAAUUUAAGACACCACCAGAAACUAGUAGUAAAGGUGGUCGAGUUACAAGACGACGGAAAUCUGUUGCUUGAUUUAAAUUUUGAUCAUUAGGAGAUUAAUUUUAACCAUUUACCCCUUGCAAGACGAGCCUUGUGGGUCAAGAAUUCUGCCCCAUCUUGAAGGAUUAAUCCCGAGUUGAGACCCAUCUUGUUUGGUAGUGUAGCUGGUUGUUGUUUCAGGUUAAGUCAGCUUUUAAGUAAACUAUCCUCCCUCACAAAUGCUUUAGACAGCUCUCUUGUAUAACUAGCUCAUCACCAAUUCCAAAUUUCCAAGUAUUGCUCUUGCAGUUAAACAUCUUCUGUCAUA